AUGGGUUCCCAUGGAGCCGGGCUUGCCUGGAUGGCUUUCAUGUCCAAAGACCAUUCAGCGGUCAUUGCUAAGGCCACGUGUGCGAAAACUUUCAUUUUUGUAGCAGGCACUUGUGCUAGUUCUAGUUGAAUACAUUGCUUAGCAGAGAGCUUAGAACUUCAAGCUCAACUAGAUUCGCGGCUGCGUCGUUGCAUUGAGUUCUAACUAUUUUUCUCAUGUCGACUUUCGUAGGAUGAGACGUUCGAUGCCAUUGCGUCCUUUGAUGACGUUGCGUGUCAUAUUAGAUAGAAAUAUGAGUCCGUGUGUUGAUGUGGUGACUGUCUUUGCCAUUGGGGCCUCACAUGCGAGCAAAUCCUUGCUCAUGUAAAUGCCAAUGCCAGAAGUGAAUUGUCAUUGUGCCUCAGCAGAGAGCUGGACAUUAAUACUCCAAUCCCAGUCUUCAUAUGUGAGAUCCUUCCGCAGCAACCCGUCGUCUCAGUCCAAGGAUUAUGCCAACGGCAAAAUUUCUGGGAUAAGAAUCGCCUGGCAAUUUAUGGAGGUCUUGCGCGCAUUGCAGGUGUACGGCACUACUGUCAGCAUUCGUUUUUUCCAGCCAAAGCCGCUACGAACGCAAUUAUGGCCAUGAUAUGUGUACUAAAUUAUUAAGUAGUCCGUGGUAGCAGUAGCUAGAUGAAGUUUAAGCCUCUGGAUCAUGUGACUCUGCAGGGACAGAGCACGCUCCUCAUAUGAAGGAUUGAUCUUUUACAAUGAAUAUGCAAAACUUGAUCUUGAAGUUGAGCUUGAAUAAACGUCCAAUCGUUUAGUGCUUUCUCUCAUAGGAUGAACCUCCCCCAGCAUCCCCGUCUCAGUGUUGCUCUAUAUCCUUCAUAGUGAUAGUACGAGAAAUCCAUCGCCAUAUGUUGUAACGCGGGGGUCGUAGUGUACGCGUGGCAACUUCUGAGAGGUAAACAAAUGUUCCUGACCUUGACCACGUUGCUUUCUACGAGAAAUUGUAGGCUUCUAAGAUAAAGCGAGGAGCCGAAGGCGAAGCUGGUUCCUCGUCAGAGUACUCAUUAGCGGAGAUCACGGCAAACUUCGGACUCGUGCGGAAGGGAAAGGUGAAGCUAGAUCCAGGCGCGAUAGCAAAAGCGGUGAAAACGAGCCCCAUCAUCAUGUGA